AUGGCCGACUCUACGCCUGUGUCUCCAGACAAGAUGGCAGACUCUACGCCUGUGUCUCCAGACAAGAUGGCCGCCAGCCCAGCACCACUGCACAAGAUGGCCAACAACCCAGAGCCACUGGUCAAGUCGGGUCCCCGUGGACUUUCCAGGGUCAAGUCAGGUCUCUGUGGACUUUCCAGGGGUCAAGUCAGGUCCCCAUGGACUUUCCAAGGGUCAAGUCAGGUCCCCGUGGACUUUCCAGGGGUCAAGUCAGGUCCCCGUGGAUUUUCCAGGGUCAAGUUGGUCCCUGUGGACUUUCCAGGGUCAAGUCAGAUCCCAGUGGACUUUCCAGGGGUCAAGUCAGGUCCCCGUGGACUUUCCAGGGGUCAAGUCCGGUCUCUGUGGACUUUCCAGGGGUCAAGUCAGGUCCCCUUGGAUUUUCCAGGGUCAAGUCCGUCCCUGUGGAAUUUCCAGGGUCAAUCACUGCUGACUGUCCAGAGUCAGGUCAAGUCACCAUUAACACCCAUGAGUCAAGUAAAACCACAGUUAAACUUAAUGAGUUCAAGUCAAAUCACCAUUGAUCUCUGUGAACAAGGUCAAGUCACAGUUGAUCUUUAUGAUCCCAGUCAAAUCACUACCAUUCUUCCAGAACUUCAUCACAUCUCAGUAGAUCUUCCAGAGCUUUGUCAUACCACAACAGAUCAUCCAGAGUCUUGUCACAUCUCAGCUGAACUGCCAGAGCCUCAUCACAUCCUGUCUGUUGUACCCAGCAAUGUUCUCUCAGCCUGUUGUAUUGCUGUAAAGGAGACUGUUACUGCCGCAGAACCUUCGGAGGCGUCAGUAGUAUCAUUCCAUGAACUUUCGUUGUGUCUUGUCACAGCUAUGGAGGCCGCCUAUGAACUCACCGCCUGCCGUCAUGGCCAUGGAGACCAUCUACCAUCUCAUCAUGGUCACGGAGGACGCCUGUUCACCUGUUCAUGUUCUCUGUUUCAGUCCUACCUGAUGAAACUUUCUAUCCUGUGCCAUCGACUCCACUGUGGUGGUCCUCUGAUCCGCCCUGUUGGGCUUCUGUCCCGUCUGCUUGGCUGUGGUGGUCCUCUGCUCCGCCCUGUUGGGCUUCUGUCCCGUCUGCUUGGCUGUAGUGGUCCUCUGCACCGCCCUGGUGGGCUUCUGUCCCAUCUCCUUGGCUGUGGUGGGCGUCUGCUCCACCCUGGUGGGCUUCUGUCCCGUCUGCUCAACUGUGGUGGUCAUCUGCUCCGCCUUGGUGGGCUCCAGUUCCACCUGCUCCACCCUGGUUUCCUGAUCUGCUGGCUUCGCCCUGGCCCCCUGAACUGUCUGAUCCACCCUGGCUACCUGCUAAGCCAUCACUCCCUGUCCCUGUUCCCCUCCAUGAACCUAGCCCCCCCAUCCCUCCCCCUGAUCCUCCACCAUUCCACCCCCCCUCCCCUUCCUGAGGAGCAUCUGGAAGCUGCUCCUUGGGUGGUGGGGGUAGUGUCACAGAGUCUGGUUUUUGUAUCCCUGGGUGUCCACCAGAGGACUGCUUAUCUGGAUUUUGACCUUUGCCUGGCUGGAUUUAUGAUUUUGGAUUAUACCAAUAAACACUGCGAUUUAAUCACCUGUUUGUGUGACACUGAUGCACUUGGUGAUAUUUGGAUUCUCAGAUAA